GUUGAGGACACAAAAGCAGCGUUGUGCCCUGGUCAUGUGAUGCCUGUUCGGAAAGCUCAGACCAUGUGAUCCUGCCUCACAGAAUGCUGAGUCGAACUUACAAAUGCUGCCUCACCCUUGAGAUGUGAGCAUGAUAGAGUGAACGACUGAGAAGAGAAAGAUACAGCGCCAUUAAAGAAUGAAGACAUAGAGGAACAGGUGUGAACAAGACGGGAAACGAAAGCAACAGUGUGCCAAAUGCUACGGUGCAGACUACGUGCACUUCUCUGAUUCGGUCCUAACUCACUCUUUCCCUGAUGGUGCUGUGGGAAAUGUGGCUGUCUUCUGUCGAGUCAGUUUGUUGGAAUGUGGAGAUUUUGCAACGACAAGAAGCGAUGGCUAAAGUGGACCAAGAACGUCUUAGAAUGUGUCCUAGGAAAUUGAGAUACGUCUUGGAAUGGAAAAGAAACGCUGUGGAAUUCCAUGGCUGCACCAUGAACAAUAGUCCUGGAGUUUGCCACUGGGGGUCAGCAGAGUGUGGGGCAUGAGUCAUGACGUCUGUGGUGCUUGUAGACAGUGGAGGAGCAGUGGUGGAGUACGUCACUGCAGUGGACGACCAUUUACCGGAGGAGGGUGUAUAUGAGGUUGAGGGAGAGAUGGAGGGAGAGGUGGAAGGAGAGGAGGAGUACCCCGCGGUGAUCGUGGAGCCAGUGCCCGGUGCGCGGUUGGAGCAGGGCUUCGCUGCUCAGGUGCUGGUGUACGAUGAUGAGACUUACCUGAUGCAGGGAGUGGCUGAGGAGCAGGAGGUGGAGACUGAGGUGCUGGAGACAGUGGAAGCAUCAGUUCAUGGCUCUAGUGUGCAUUGCUCUGAUAAAACCAUUGAGGCUGCUGAAGCUCUUCUACACAUGGACUCUCCCUCCAGCCUGCGUGGAGACCGGAGCCCAGAGGUGUUUGUGCCUCCAUGUAUCAACACUUCGGAGUUCCUGCAUGCGGCUAUGCGACCUGACGUGCUGACAGAGACGGUGGUGGAGGUCAGCACAGAGGACUCCGAGCCCAUGGAGGUGGUUACAGUUUUUCAGGAACCUGAGAUGCUGGAGACAGAGCCCAGCAAGAGAAGAAAAUCUGGGCGGAAACCCAAACCCCAUCACAUUUCAAACGGAUCUCCAGAUCUAGGCAUCAAGAAAAAGUCUAGGGAAGGGAAAGGAAGUACAUACCUGUGGGAGUUCCUGUUGGACCUUCUGCAGGAUAAGAACACCUGUCCCAGGUACAUUAAGUGGACACAGAGGGAGAAAGGCAUCUUCAAGCUGGUGGACUCUAAAGCUGUGUCAAAGCUCUGGGGCAAACACAAGAACAAACCAGACAUGAACUAUGAAACCAUGGGCAGAGCGCUCAGGUAUUACUAUCAGAGAGGUAUCUUGGCUAAAGUAGAGGGUCAGAGGUUGGUCUACCAGUUUAAGGAAAUGCCUAAAGACAUUGUCAUCAUCGAUGACGAUAAGUGCGACCCUGGCGAUGACGUAAUCGGAGAGAAGGUCUAUGAACGCGUUCCUCCCUCAUCUGACACUCUAUUGACGUCUGACCUCUCCAAAACGCCUGCCAUCUUGAGAGGGGGCGGUAGGACUAUAGUCCACCCAGGCUCCCCGAAAGCUAAAGCUGCACUCACUGCAACUCCCCUUCAGCGCAUCGUAACCGUCUCCACGACAACAGAUCCGUCCCAUGCCACCAUUAUUUCCAAUGCCAACGCACCCAGGACUGUGCGGGUUGCUAUGCAAGUGCCGGUUGUUAUGACAAACUCCUUGGGACAGAAGAUCUCCACAGUGGCCGUGCAGUCAGCAAACCCUUCGCUCUUCACCACAGCGCCCACCAAUACUGGCUCAGCGACUGGCAUGAACGCACCCAAAGUCCUAAUCCAGACCAUGCCAACGAUGGUGCCCGCCACAGCAGAGAAUGGUGACAGGAUCACAGUUCAGCUCGCCAAGAUAAUCACCAUCCCCGCAUCCCAGCUCACGCAGUGCCAGCUUCAGUCCAAACCGGGCAGCCCCACAGGCAUCAAUCUGAUGGGCGUCCGAGCCCUUACGCCCGUGUCUGUGGCGCAGGGGACGCAGGUGGUCAGACUGGCAGUUCCUGCCCAGCAGAGUCCGGCUCAUGCGAAGACGCAGGUUCCCGUUUCAAUCCAGACGCAAACUCGAGUCCCAAUCUCCGUUCAGACGGCGUGUACUCCGGCACAGAGUCCGGUGUCCGUCCCAGUUCAGAUCCAGAUUCAGCAGAGCCAGCUCUCUCCAAAAGCAAAGAGCGCAGCCCAGACCUCAGAGUCCAAACCCGACAGCACUUCCGCAGAACAGCCUGAGCAGGACAGUCCCACACAGGCAGCAGCAGAGGUGGUAGAGGAAGGUUCAAAACCACAGUUCGCAGCAGAGAGCUGAACAGUGACGCGUUUUGUCAGUCAUGAUGAACUCUAUAAUAAAUGAAUUUAUAAUCCCCAGAUACCAUUCAAUCACAUUCUGGGAAAUCAAACUGGAUUUGUACAGUUUCAAGUUCAAGUGUGGUUUCAUUUUAUAUAUUCUAAGCAGGCAAAGACUCCAGCCUGUAUCAGCGCCCCAUUUCUGACAUCAUGUGAAUUAAACCUGGAUGUCCGUCAUUUCAAUUAUGAUUUGUUAAAGGGACCAAUGUAAAGAACACUACAGUUCUCCACUUAAAACAAAACAAAAAACAACAACUAUUUUGACACUAAUAACAGCUAAGCAGAACACUAAGGAGUGAGUAGUUGUAGUCAAGUAUGUGAACUUUUGAGGGAGGAUAAAUUCAGCUUUUUAUAACUUGUAUAAAGAUUUUUUUCUUUAACAUUAAAAUCGCAAGGCAAAACCAGCAGUUUCUUUUGACGAUCACUGUGAGUCCACGCUUCUGCCCGUGCUUCACAGGAACGUGUCGAUUCUCCCUCCACCUCUACUAAGGGAAGAAAUGAAUUUUGUAUAUAGGAAUUAUACAGUUUACUGAAUUUAUAAACAAUGCAGCCUUAGAACAGUUAUUUUCUUCUUUUUUCUUUUUUUAAAUCAAGCUUAUUCUUUUGUGUUACGUUCAUGUUUUGUUGUUGUUGUUUUUUUUCCCUCACACAUUGUACCAAGCACAGUAUUAUUGGCAAACAAACUGCAAAGCAUUUUUGCUUUCCCAUUUCAAUCUGGAUUAAAAAAGGCCAUACUAUUUGGGUGUAAUCAAAUCUGGGUCCAAAUCCUGGAACGAUGGCAGUUUGUCAACACAAAAGAAAGGUCAAUCGGCAGCAUGCAUCUUCACUGCAAAUACAUUUCUUUCACAUUUGUUUUCUUUUGCUUUUUAUUAGUCCUUCAAGAGGGAGAACAAGAUGUUUGUGUUCAGAAUAAUCUAGUUUGUAUAUUCAACAUUUGAAGUAUAUUCUAUUUUGUUGUACUCUUGUUUCAAAGUGUACUCAAGUAGGUUUUACUUAAAUAUAAAAAUAUUCCUGAAUUUGA